GUUGUAUAUUCGUGUUGCAUUGCAUGUACUUCAUACAAGCGUACAGCAGAGAACCAGGCACUCAUAUUCCAAAAUGUUAGUCUACAUUCUUCUAGGCUGUUUUGCUUUUUUGGUGUAUGUCUUUAUCAAAAAAUACACGGAUGGGAAAUCAAAGAUUAUCGCAAAGAUCCCAGGACCUAAAGGAAUACCAAUAUUUGGGAAUGCACUUCAAGUUGACCUGGAACGUAUUCACAAAGAUUUACUAAAAUGGACUGAGGAGUAUGGGCCGAUCUUUAAGUUGAAUUUUGCCGGGGAAUUGAUAGUUGUACUUAACAGCUUUGAUGCCAUCUACGAAGCUCUUGUCACAAAAUCAGCAGAUUUUGCAGGUCGAGCAAAUGAUACCUUCAGAGUUCAAGCACUAGCAGAAGGCGCCGACGUCCUUUUUCAGGACUACACAGACAAAGUUAAAUACAUGAAGAAACUAAUGCUCCAAGGACUCAAGAUGUACGGCGAGGAACGUUCGAAUAUAGUCAAGAUCACCCAAAGUGAAGUCAACUUGUGUAUGGAUAAAUUUGCCGCUAAAAACAACGAGCCGUUCUAUUAUGACGACGCUGUUGAAACGAUGAUUUUGAAAAUCCUUGCAGAAGUAAUAGCUGGAGUUCAGUUUAAGGACGAGCACCCUUACAUCAAACUAAUUGCUGAGAGGCAAGCUAAGGCUGGAAGAGUAAUGUCAGCAGGCAAUGGAGUAGAACUUGACAUGUUUCCAUGGCUACGCUUUUUCGGAAAUCAAAACUAUAAAAUACUGACGGAGGUGUGUAGAACAAGAAACAUUGUUUUGGCGGAUAUGCGGAAAGAAUGUGAGAAAUCCAUUGAAUCCAACCACAGCGUCAUGGGAGUAUUAAUAAAAGCCCAAAGAGACCCCUUGACACCGCACCAAAUAUCAGAUUCUAACAUCAUGAUGGUGUCGGUGAAUCUUAUUGGUGCGGGAUUUACCACGACAAAAGGCACAAUCUCUGGGUUAUUUCUGCUACUAAUGAGACAUCCAGAUAUACAGGCAAAGCUUCAAGAAGAGGUAGACCAAAUUGUCGGUAAAGACCGGAAUCCGAGUGUUGACGAUAAAGAAAACAUGCCGUACCUUCAAGCGACGCUUAUCGAAGUGUUACGUUAUUUGACGCAUGUGCCAAUUUCGGUACCCCAUAAAACUUUGGUAGACACGAGUGUUGCAGGAUAUGAUGUUCCAAAGGGAAUACAGUUUAAGCCAGAACGUUGGUUGGAUGAUGAUGGUAAUCUGGUAUCUCUGGAGGAACGAAAUAAAGCUAUCUCAUUUGGAGCUGGUCGACGUGUUUGUGUCGGGGAACAGUUUGCAAGAACCAGAUUAUUCCUGUUCUGUGCUACAUUGUUGCAGAAAUUUACGAUCAGUCCACCAGAUGGCUCUCAAAGUCCGUCACCUGAUCCACGUGACUUUCCUCUUGGAAUUGUACUCCACCCUGUGCCAUUUCAAAUCAAGGCAAUAGCGAGACAAUAA